AUGGAGAGGUUUCGCAAAUGCUGGAUAGCUAGUACUGCCGACAAUAAUCUUACGCUCCACGGCUUCCGUCGUUUCAAAACUACGCAUCUAUUAAACCUCCGCCUCCUCGAACAUGAGAUCGCCAACAUGGAUCAUACCAUUUACCAGGUCGGCCUGAGCCAGGGCCUAAGCCCUUCGCCCACUGACCGAUUGGGCCUCAAUCAUGUUAAGAGGGACACAGAGGUACCAAAUAUCAACGAUAGUAUAAAUCAAAGCUUUAUCCUAAAACUGCCUGACAAAAACUCAACAGAUGAAGCACUCGCAGCCUUCAACAACAUUAUGACAAUGGAGACAUUCUCAUUAAUCGAUGACGAGAAGCUGUCCAGCAUGCACGGUGACCUCAGUCUGUACGAAGUGUACAAGACUAGGUUGCUCAGGGUGGACCUGGGGACGCGAUCCAGGACGGACCCAUUCCAGCGCUGGUUUCACAGAUACCUGCGAGAAUUUCGGUACUGGAAACUGUCGAGAAAGUCACAGAGCAAUGACGAAGGUCUCGGGUCGUUUUCUGGACACCACCGCUGGUCCUAUCAGAACACGAUAUUGAUAGCUGAGGUUAUCGGACGUGUAACGACUGCAGCGUUGACGGCUGUUUUUCUAGUAACUCCCUUAGCUAUCUUGUCACACGAGUCUUCAAAAAAUGUCCAGCUUAUUGUUGUCUCGGUUUGCAUUCUCAUUCUAUCAUUUCUCGUGUCGCUCUUUUUGAAGGUAUCCAGCUUUGAGAUGAUGGCGGUAUCCGCUGCUUAUGCGGCGGUUCUGUCGGUAUUUGUUUCCAACGCUCCAGCAAAGUUCUAA